UCUUUUUCAGAAGCCAAGAAGAAAGCACCCUGUCGUGGACUUGGCUUGUUUUACACAUUAUUGUCUGCCUUCCUUUUCUCAGUGGCCUUUUUAUUUGUUAAAAAAGUGCAAGACCUCCAUGCUGUAGAAAUUAGUGCAUUCCGAUGUGUGUUCCAAAUGUUAGUCGUUAUCCCUUGCUUAAUAUACAGAAAAACUGGGUUUAUAGGCCCAAAAGAUCUACGAAUCUUCCUCAUUCUCAGAGGAGUCUUGGGUUCUACCGCCAUGAUCCUUUUAUACUACGCUUUCCAGGCAACGUCCCUCGCCGAUGCCACGGUGGUCUCAUUUAGCUGUCCAGUGUUUACGUCUAUAUUUGCUUGCAUAUUUCUCAAGGAAAAAUACAGCCUUUGGGAUGUUCUCUUCACCUCAUUUGCCAUCACCGGAGUGAUCCUCAUCGUGAGGCCGCCGUUUUUGUUUGGUUCCAACACUGAGAAGAUAACUGGAAGCUAUUCAGAUCACCUGAAGGGCACGUUCGCAUCACUCGGACAUGCCGUGUUUGCUGCCUUGACUCUCGUUAUCCUCAGAAAAAUGGGG